ACUACAUCUGUAACUUAGCACUUUUGGUAAAUGAUACAUUGUGUUCUUUUUUAAAGAAUAGUUGUUGUGGGAAGGUUUGAGUUCCUAUCUCUACAAGUAUGGCUAACUUGAGCGUCCCGAUUACUACACGACAACUUCGGGCUUGCUUGCUUUGUUCGCUGAUUAAGGAAACUAAUUCAUUCGUAAAAGACGGGUGUGAUAAUUGCAAAGACCUAAUUCCUAUGGCAGGUGACAGAGAGGCGGUUGACCAAUUUACUAGUAAAAAUUUUAAGGGGCUAGUAGGAAGUAUGGAUCCAGAAAAUUCAUGGGUUGCCAAAUGGCUCCAUGUUGAUGAUUUGGAACCCGGAAUGUAUGCAAUUUCAGUUGCUGGUGACUUGCCAAGGCAUGUUCUGAGUUCUUUACAGAAACAAGGUUAUCGUUAUCGCAACCGCGAUCGAUCUGGUAGAAAACCAUAUGAAUAAUUUGUAAUUGUUUCCUUUAACGUAAUGAAGUAAAAACUACACAAAUUAAUUUUAAAAUUAA